CUUUGAAUAAUUCAGUUUAUUUGCAAAUGACUUGCGGUCAUGAUACUGAUUGUAAUGAAUUUAUAAAUCACUCAAUCUGUAGUAAGGAAAAAGUUUGCGCAUGUGCCAUUAAUUAUUAUUCGAUCAAUCAGACAGUAUGUGCACCAAUGUACAAUCAAAGUUGUCAAGACCAUGAACCUUGUGCAAUUAAUAACUCUCUUUGCAUUGAUAAAAAGUGUCGAUGUAAACAUAAUUAUGUUUAUCAAGAAUUCAAAUGCUAUCCAAGUAAAUUGAUUUCAUAAUAUAUUAGUUAACAUGGGUGUGAAAAGAUUAUAUGUAGUUAUAUUUAAUAUUUAAUAGUAUAUUUGGAAGAGCCUUGCGUUGUUUACGAAGAUUGUCAUAAAAUAAAAUUUGGAAUUUGUUCAAAAGAUAAUAAAUGUGUUUGUGAUGAUAAACAUAUGCAGUUUAAUGAAACAUCGUGUGAGCCAAUUAUAGGUGGAUUUUGUUCAAAAGAUGACGAAUGUAAAAUUUCAAACUCACAAUGUAUUAAUAAUCGAUGCGAAUGUGAAGCUUUUUAUUCACCUUUAUACAAUAAACAAUGUUUACCAACUUUGUUAGGAUGGAAUUGCGAAUAUGAUGACGAUUGUAGGAAUUUAUUCAGUGCAAAGUGUUCAAAAAAUAAAAAAUGUAUUUGUCAAUCGAAUCACGUUCCUUUUAAUAACACAAUGUGUGCUCCAUUACUGGGUGAAUAUUGUUGGAAUGAUGAACAAUGUAUAACAAAUAAUUCUGUUUGUGUCAACCAUGCAUGUCAAUGCAAUCACGAUUUUACAGAACAAUCAAACAAUGAAUGUAUUGAUGAGUUUUUAGACGUAUUUUGUGAAAAAAAUCAACAUUGCGAAAGGGCACCGAACGCCAAAUGCUCAGAAAAGAGGAAAAAAUGUUUUUGUAACAGUAGUCAUGUAAAACUGAGUGAAAUAGCUUGUGCACCGUUAUUGGGAGAAUUUUGUGGUUACAAUGACACAUGUGGCGCGAAUGAAUCGACUUGUAUUAAUAACCAAUGUUCAUGCCAACUUAACUAUGUGCGAGAUUCUAAUUAUAAAUGCUUACCUGUCUUAUUGGGACUUGCGUGUAGAGCAGAUCAUGACUGUAGUAAAAUAAAAUAUGCGAAAUGUUCUGACGACAAUAAGUGCAUUUGCAAAUCGAAUUAUCUACAGUUAACCAGUAAAACAUGUGCAGCGCUUAUUGGAGAAUAUUGUGUGGAAAGUAGUGAUUGUCAUCCCAUGUACUCUCGUUGUUUUCGUAGAGUAUGUCGAUGCGCGGAUGGCUUCGUUCGGCAAUCUAAUAACCGAUGUUUGUCAAGUUAUCUUAAGAUAUACUGUGGUAAUAAUAACGACUGUGGUCAUGUGAUGCAUUCAAUAUGCUCGGAGAAUAACGAAUGUGUUUGUAUUGAAAAUCACAUUGCAUUAAAUGAGACAACGUGUUCACCUUUGUUAAAUGAACCAUGUUUGAACAAUGAAGGAUGUGCAACAUCUAAUGCUGUUUGCGUUGACAAUAAAUGUCAAUGUAAACGUAAUUAUUUACAUCAGUCUGAUAAUUAUUGCAUACCAGAGCGUUUGAAGGGUACCUGCGAUUGUAAUUUAGAUUGUAAGGCUAUAAAACAUGCAAAAUGUUCGAUAGAUAAAAAAUGUGUUUGCAAAGAAAAUUAUGUUUCAAUUAAUGAAACAACAUGUGAACCAAUAAAAUACCAUUUUUGUCCGGCAAAAAAACAAUGCUAUGCCAAAUCAAAUUAUUGCCGUCAAAAUAACGAUUGUGACGAUUCAGAGCGUAGAUAUUGUUCAGAAAACCAAACAUGUAUCUGUAAACCAACUUACAUAGAAUUGAAUGAAAUUUGUCAACCCAUUAUAGGUGGUUACUGUUCAAAAAAUGAAGAUUGCCUUCCAGAUAAUACUUUUUGUUUUUUUAACGUAUGUCUAUGCAACUAUAGUUUUAUAGCUCGAUCCAGUGAUGAAUGUAUACCAGUUUCAUUGGGAAUGCCAUGUGAAUCAGAUGCAGACUGUAAAUUUAUAAAAAACGCAAAAUGUUCAAAUGGUAAAAUAUGUAUAUGCAUUGGAAAUAGUAUAUCACUAGAUGAAUUUACAUGCACUGUAGUUAUCAGAGGAUCAUGUUUAAACGAUGAUCAGUGUUAUAUUGCACAUUCGAAUUGUGUAAAUAAUAUAUGUCAAUGCAAACCCGAAUAUUUAUCAGCGUCUGAUAUCCAGUGUGUAAAAACGUCAUUGCUAGCCGAUUGCUCUGUACGUUCAGAUUGUAGAGAUGCAUUACGCAUGGAUUGCUCAAAUGAUAACAAGUGUGUCUGCAAACCAAACCAUAUCACAUUGUUGAAUCAAUCUUGCGUACCGUUUUUAGGUGGAUUCUGUUGGCUAGAAGAUCAAUGCGUCAUAAAAAAUUCUGAUUGUAUAGGUAAUAGUUGUGAGUGUAAGCCAGGAUAUGUUAAAGUAUCGAUUAAUUCGUGUGUGCAACCCCUGGAUUAUUGA